AUGUCGUCGAAAGAUUUGCUUGGAUGGUUCAGCUACUCUUGGGCAUGUGAACCAUUUAUCGUGUCUGCAGUAGGCACCUACGUUCCAAUUCUUUUGGAACAAUUCGCAAGAGAGAAUGGUGUUUGGGUUAAAGACCGUCUGACCCCCUGUAUGGAUAUACCGGGAGAUGGUGGCGACAUCAGUCCCGCUCCCGGCCCGAAACUCCCGCCAGGAAGUGGUAGUGGAAGCAACGGACCGCAAAAAUGCGUCGUCCCUUUCUUUGGGGUUUAUAUUGACACUUCAAGUUUGGCACUAUAUACAUUUUCACUUUCAGUUUUGGUACAGACAAUUGUAGUUAUUUCUAUGAGCGGAGCAGCCGACAGAGGAAACUUCAGGAAAAAGCUAUUAAUAGGCUUUGCAGUAGCUGGCGCGUUAAUAACGUGUGGGUUCUUAGUUGUUACUCCUAAACAUUAUUAUGUGGCAGCGUUGCUAGCUAUUUUUUCGAAUUCAGCUUUUGGAGCGGUGUCGGUGUGUGGCAAUGCAUUUUUACCAAUUCUCGUAAACGAGAUUCUUGCUCGCAGAGAUCAUAAAUAUAAUACCGGAACUGAUGGUCCGACAGCACCAACUCGUAAUCCUGCCAGUACUCUUUCUGAGGGCGAAAUUCAAACGCCAAAUGACGAAUCACACCCAGAAGAGUCAGAGAUUCCUACUCGUAUCUUCGAUGAUUCACAAGAAACGACUCCUCUAGCUCCUUCAGGUAGCCCAGAUGAUAUUGAACUGUUGACAUCAUUAACAAAAGAACGUGCGAACCUUUCCAAUCAAAUUAGUGGACGCGGAGUAGCCAUUGGCUACUUUGCUGCCUUGCUGGUUCAGAUCGGAACUAUGAUUCUGAUUCUCACACUCACUGCUAAAACUUCUAAUCAGAAUGCAGCCGAUACAGCACGAAAUACCUUGCCGAUUCAAGUGGCCAUAUUUAUUGUGGGCUUAUGGUGGUUAAUAUUUCAAAUUCCUGUCGCGUUAUAUCUCCCUUCCCCGUCAGUCAAACAAUUGCAUCACAGACUGAGGCACCAAAGGAGUAAUGCCAGCAGCAUCCGCAUACCUGGCCUUCGUGCUUCGGAAGGCACCCAUCUCAAUAGCUACUAUGACAUUGCAUUGGAUCACUUACUUUCAUGUUAUGAAUAUAUAGCAUAUGGAUGGCACACUUUAUACGCUACUUUCAAAGAGGCCCGUCAAAUGCGAGAUGUAGCCACCUUCCUUCUUGGUUGGUUUGUGGUAUCUGAUGCUGCCACUACUAUCAACUCAGCAGCAGUAUUGUUUGCUCGUGCCGAAUUGCAAAUGUCAGCUCCCUCAUUGGCUGUUAUAGGUGUUUUGACGGUCUUCUCUGGUAUGUUUGGAGCCACGGUUGGUCCUAAACUCAAGGGACCAAGUGGAAACCCCAUCAAUGCAAUUGUAUUUGUGAUACUUAUUGCAUCUGUUAUUCCUUUGUAUGGAAUCAUUGGUUUCUUUUCGAAAUCGAUUGGUCUUCGACAUCCUUGGGAGAUGUACGUUCUUGCCGCUUGGUAUGGAUUUGCUCUUGGUGGCCUCAAUGCUACUUGUAGAAGUGUCUUCUCGCUUCUCAUACCCAAAGGCAAAGAAACUACAUUCUUCUCGCUUUUCUCUGUCACUGACAAGGGCUCGUCAAUUAUUGGUCCUGCCAUAACUGGACUAAUUACUGACAAAACUCAUAAUAUCCGUUACACUUUUUAUUUCCUAUAUGUCAUGAUGCUACUGUCAGCGGCCAUAUUCUACUUCCUCCUCGACCUGGACCGUGGCCGCAAAGAGGCCCAAUAUCUGGAACAUGUUGGUGAUGAAGACGAUGAACUACCUGAUGAAGUGAGUCAGGCUUAA